UUUUUUUUUACUAUUUCUUUUGUAAACAGACAAAGCAAGUAAAAUGUAUUCUAAUAAUGAUAGUAAACUAUUAUCUUUCAUUCCCCUGAACGAACUGUAAGCGAUCAUUAUUUUGUAAGGGACAUUAUGUCAUUUUUUAAACGUUGGUCAAUAACAAAACGAUAUCGACCGUUCUUACAUUCUUCGUUACCCAUGCUUAAUAACUGUAUAAAACUAGACUCCCUCUCUACUUUUUUUUUCCAUUUUCUACUAUUUUUUAAUCAUUUAUUUUUUUUAUUUAUCAAUGAUCUUAAGCCAAAGACAAUAUCAGCUGAUCAAGCUAAUACUAUUUAUCCCUUACUAUGUCUUUAUGUUACUCUUUACCAAGAAGAAAACAUGUAAUCAUCAUGAUAAUAAUAAUAAUAAUAUUAGCAGCAUUACUUGUGCUCCAAGACUUCUUACUUUUAACGACAAGACAUCAUUGAAAGAUUCUGAUCUUUCAUUUAUUACUCCUGAAGAUCACGAUAGAUUUGAUAUUUGUAAAAGUUCAAGUAAUGAUAAAUGCUCUUCUUCCUCUUCUUCUUCUGAUAAUGAUGAUUUUUAUAAAUCUACCGCUGUAAUAUUGAAUAAUGCAAAGCUUAUUUUUUAUGUAACGAGAACGCAAAUGGAGGAAUGUUCUGAUAUUAUCCGACGUGUCUAUCAGGGCUAUCACGCUAGUCAUCAACAAAUUAUCACGAAAGCAUAUUUUCAUCCUUACCUUAUGAAAUUGACUAGUGAAAAUAUUGCUUUUGAAAUUAGGAUUUCUGAGCAGAGUAUGAAGACGGCAAUUGGCAUUAGACCUAGUUAUGUUACUAAAUUUAUGAAUGAUAAACCCAAUGUUUAUGGAAAGGAUAUUCUUAGACAAUUAUAUUACAAGACUUUUAUGUGGAAUGCUCACUUUAAGAAAAGAAACUGAAUGAUGGUAGCAUUUUUAUUUUUAGUAGACAAUAACCAUUUUUUUUAAUAUUCACAAAAUCAUUUCUGUAUUUAUGGAUGGCUCUUAAUACGCCAUAAAAAGGAAAAAAAAAAUAGUAUAUUUU